AUGAAAGGCUUCCUGAGCCUGACUUUGCUCCCGUUGCUGGCAGCGGCCACACCCGUAUCGGUGGGCUCCAUCCACAAUGACGCAGCUCCCAUCCUCUCCUCAUCAAACGCCGAGGACAUCCCUGACUCUUAUAUUGUCGUGUUUAAGAAGCACGUCAAUCAGAAGUCUGCUUCAGCUCACCACAGCUGGGUGCAGGACAUCCACACUGCUCAGAACGGUCGCAUGGAGCUGAAGAAGCGCUCCUUGUUUGACUUCGACUUCGAGGCUUUCAUGGGUCUCAAGCACACUUUCCACAUCGGUGGCGAGCUCACUGGAUAUGCUGGUCACUUCCAUGAGGAUGUCAUCGAGCAGGUCCGCCGGCAUCCAGAUGUUGAGUACAUUGAGAAGGACUCCGAGGUCCGCACCAUGGAUAGCCCUCAGACCGAGAAGAACGCCCCUUGGGGUUUGGCCCGUAUCUCUCACCGUGAGAGCCUCUCCUUUGGUACCUUCAACAAGUACCUCUACGCCGAGGACGGCGGUGAGGGUGUUGAUGCCUACGUGAUUGACACUGGCACCAACGUUGACCACACUGACUUCGAGGGCCGUGCUAACUGGGGCAAGACUGUCCCCCAGGGCGAUGCCGAUGAGGAUGGAAACGGCCACGGAACCCACUGCUCUGGUACCAUUGCCGGCAAGAAGUACGGUGUUGCCAAGAAGGCCAACGUCUACGCUGUCAAGGUUCUCCGCUCCAACGGCUCUGGCUCCAUGUCCGAUGUCGUCAAGGGCGUUGAGUGGGCUGCCGAGGCUCACAUCAAGAAGGCCAAGUCUGGUAACAAGAAAUUCAAGGGUAGCGUUGCCAACAUGUCACUUGGCGGUGGCAGCUCCCGUACUCUGGAUCUCGCUGUCAAUGCCGCCGUUGAUGCUGGUAUUCACUUCGCCGUAGCUGCCGGUAACGACAAUGCCGAUGCUUGCAACUACUCCCCCGCCGCUGCAGAGAAGGCCGUUACCGUCGGUGCCUCCACUCUUGCUGAUGAGCGUGCCUACUUCUCCAACUACGGCAAGUGCACUGACAUCUUCGCCCCCGGUCUGAACAUCCUUUCCACCUGGAUCGGCAGCAAGUACGCUACCAACACCAUCUCCGGUACCUCCAUGGCCUCCCCUCACAUUGCUGGUCUCCUGGCCUACUAUGUCUCCCUUGCUCCUGCCAAGGACUCGGCCUUCGCUGUUGCCGAUGUCACCCCCAAGCAGCUCAAGGACGCUCUCAUCAGCAUCGCCACCAAGGGCACCUUGACUGACAUUCCCUCUGACACCCCCAACCUUCUGGCCUGGAACGGUGGUGGUUCUUCCAACUACACCAAGAUCCUUGCCGAUGGUGGUUACAAGGCCGGCGUCAAUGUCGAGGACCGCAUCCACGAUGUUGAGGACCGUGUCCACAACAUCAUUGAGCAGGCUGAGAAGACCAUCCACAGGGAGAUGGGUGCUAUCUACAGCGAGAUCAAGGAUGCUGUUUCUGCAUAG